GAAAUGGGGUGUUUGGGUCGUGAAAACAGAAAUUUGCCUGUAGAAAUGUGGAUAAGGACAACUUUGCUCCUAUUUAACUUCCAUCAGAUGAUCUCGUCGCUCUUUUUAUGCAGACCUACACUGGGCUCUCACAACAGAAACCAUGUAGCCAAGUAGCCCCCGUCAAAUACGCUUUUUGAGCGGUGAUCGCAUAUAAUUUCUAAAACGGGAGGGGGCUUAUUUGCUCUUCCAUACUCGAAGAUAGGCCUGUCAAGAUAGAUGAGAGGAACUAUAGAAUAUGACAAUUUUGUGUCUAGUUGUCAGUAUUUUGCGGAAAAGACCAAACAGAUAGACCCUGGAUGGCAGUUAAGAUCUUCCAAGUAUGAUCAGAAACUCAAAUAUCUGGAGAAAAGGUCUAUGGUCAUAAAUCAGAACAAUCAAUGUCACAACAAAAGUGCUGAAAGCAAAAAAGGAAAAGAAGAUUUUACAGUACAAAAUGCCGAUGAAGCUGAUGCCGCCUGUGUAAAGGUUGUUAGUGGUGAUGGUCGUGAAGUGAUGUACAUGUAUCACAUAAUCUAUAAUGCCAGCUACAGUGUACCAGUUCUAUAUUUUACAGCUAUGACAAAAGAUGGCAAAAGCCUGGAGCUUGAUGAGAUCUGGGGGCAAGUACCAGAUGUUUAUGGCGAUGCUCUUGUUGAUAAAUGGUCAUUUUUGACACAGACAGAACAUCCACUGCUUGGGUACCCUGUGUUUCAUAUUCAUCCUUGUAAUACAGCAAAAAUGAUGGGAAAUCUCUUGCCAGUUGAUAUUCAUACAAGCAAACACAGGUAUGUUCCUUUGUGGCUCAGUGCUGUUGGUCCUUUGGUAGGUCUACAUCUAGCAACAGAUUUGUUCACCGAGGAAAAAGAACUACAAAUGAAAUCUAAUGAAAACUAGUCAAAUGUUUACAAUUAACAAGAACAAAAACGGAGGCAAUAUCUAUGAAGCAAAAUCAAGACUGGUAUUAUCAGUUUAAGAAGUUAUCCUUCUUAUCUGGAAACCACUCCAGCCUAGCUUGAAAGUCCAUUAAUGAGAUGUACAAACAAACAAAGAGCAUUGGAAAAUUAUUGCUUUGAGCCAAUUGUUUAUGUAUCCUGUAUUUAUAAGGUCUUUUCUACAUUGUAUGAAUCUGACUUGUAGGUAUGUAAUACCACUUCAAUGUUUGGGGAACAAUGUGAUCUAUACAAGCAUAUUGAUGGAUUAUUUUGUGUUUGGCUUUCGAGUUGCUUGCCUUGAAGUAUUCAAUUGCAAGGAAUUACUGACAUUGUAAUUUAUAUCAGCUUGUUUAUAGCAAAAUUUGUAAUUUAUAUGCCUCCAGCAACAGCUUUCUAAAUCAAUAUUGCUCUAUUGAAAAGUGAA